GAACAAGUUGACGUGGAUAAAGAAAUGGCAUUAGUUAAUAAACUAUUCCAACGUAAAAAUCCAAAAGAUUAUUUGAAAUCAACUUCUGAUAAAUUUGGUAAUCAAUUUGGUGGAUUGAAAAAAAAUGAACUUGGUUUAGAUGACCAGUUCUCAGAAGAUGCAUUGAACAAGUUUUUGGGAUUAGACCCAACACCUGCUGAAGCUUCAAAAUCCCAAUUUAAUGAACCACAACCAAUAGAGAAACUAUCACAUGAAGAUAUUGAUUUCCAAGUCAAGAAUGAAAAAGAAUUAUUGAAUUAUAAACUAGACCCACAUAAACACGUUGUUGUGGAGAAUCCUGGUGAUUACGUUGAUGCUGCAAAAGAUACUAAACUAACCAGAUUCUUAUAGUCAUGUAUAUAGAGACACAACUUUUUUAAUGAAUUACGAGUAAACAAUUAUAAUACAGUUAUUUGUACAUUUAAAU